AACAUGCCCUUAUUGUAAACGAAACUUCCACUUAUAUCGUUCUUAUAUUCUUAACCCUUCCACACUCACCGCCCCUGAUCCAUUCCUACCGGCAACAGUAACUCACCGGCGCAUUCCUCCCCACCGCCGUCUCCGGCCACCACCACCACCCAACAACCCUUUAAAUCCAAUAACCAAAAACAACCCCCCUAAAUGGAACAACCCCAUCCCCAACCCCCACUCAAUCAACAACCCUCACCACCCCAUUCUCAACCACCACCGGAGGAACAACCAUCUUUAACAUCUUCCAUUUCCCAACUUACCCCUUCAAACCCUUCCAAAAUCCCAAUCCGCCCCCAAAAAAUCCGCAAACUCUCAUCACCACCCACAAUCACCACCACAACCGUACAACUCAAACCCCAAUCCACCACCAUCGCAGAAGCCGACGCCUCCGCCAUCGUCAUCUCCACCACCACCCCCACACCCACCACCGCAACCAAAAACCGCCGUCGAAACCCUUCCCGAUCAUCCCCAAACAUCCCAAAAGUCAUCAAACCCUUAUCCGCCCCCGGCGAGAUCUCCGCCGCUAUAAACCACCUCCGAUCCACCGACCCUCUUCUCGCUGACGUCAUCGACAACCACCCCCCACCGUCAUUCGACUCAAAUCAACCACCGUUUCUUGCCCUAACGAAAAGUAUUUUGUAUCAACAACUUGCGUAUAAAGCAGGUACAUCUAUAUACACUCGUUUUGUAAACUUAUGUGGUGGUGAAAACGGUGUCGUUCCUGAAACCGUACUUAGUUUAACUACUCAACAGCUUAAACAGAUUGGGGUUUCGGGGCGUAAGGCGAGUUAUCUAUAUGACCUUGCUAAUAAGUAUAAUAGUGGGAUUUUGUCGGAUGAGUUAGUGGUGAAAAUGGAUGAUAGGUCGCUUUUUACUAUGUUGUCGAUGGUUAAGGGGAUCGGGUCGUGGUCGGUGCAUAUGUUUAUGAUAUUUUCGUUGCAUAGACCAGAUGUUUUGCCGGUUAGUGAUUUGGGGGUGAGGAAAGGAGUGCAGCUUUUGAAUAUGUUGGAUGAGUUGCCGAGGCCGUCGCAGAUGGAGGAGCUGUGUGGGAAGUGGCGCCCCUAUAGGUCGGUGGGGGCGUGGUAUAUGUGGCGGUUUGUGGAGGGGAAGGGUGGUUCGGGUAAUGGAGCGGGUGCGGCGGGUUUGGGGAGUAAUGGGAUUGGUGGGCAGCAGCGGGUCGGGCAGUCUGAACAGGCGCAAACGCAACAACAACAGCAGCAGCAGCAGCUACAGUUGCAGCUUUUGGAACCGAUUAAUAGCAUUGGGAAUCUCGGGGCUUGUAUUUGGGGGUAAUGAAAUGGCGAUUGCAUCAGGUGAAAUAAUAUCAUGUAUUGUAUUGAGUUACAGCCAACUUAUGAAGAUAAUUGGCAGGAGGUGUGUUCAUCUCAUCAAAUGGAUUAUUUUGGUAUUGUAAAUGGAUUUGUCACACACAAUUCAAUAGCCCUAAAUUUUUCAGUUAUUAUUUUUUUUAGAAAGUGUUUGUUUGCCAAAAACGAAUAACUAUUUAUGCUAGAGGUGGCAAUAACAGACACAUGUCUAUUCUUAACCGUUGGA